GCCAGAAUAUUUCAUUGGAACUUUAUCAACAACCCAUAUAGUAGAUUUAGAAAGUAUCAUUUCGAAUGAAGAGUUUUUCACUAUCCUAAAGAAAGAAGGAAAAGUUAGACCUAUUUGGAUUCUUCUUGUUGAUGGUGGACCUGAUGAAAACCCGAAGCAAAUGAAAAAUAUUAUUCAAUAUGCUCACCUUUUCCGUGCUCUUGAUCUGGACUACUUGACGAUUCGUACUCAUACUCUAGGUCAAAGUGCAUAUAAUCCGGUCGAACGCAGUAUGGCUUCUUUGUUCGCAAUACUUGCUAGUAUCACUCUACCU